UCGUGUUGGGGGGCUCCAUAUUACAUAGGAUCACCGCAUUGCAUUAGGAAAAUUGAUGAAAGGCUAUGUGCCAUAAAGCCACCUUAGUGCAUUACACGCCUGCCGAGAUCUGUUCAAUUGUCAAAGUUUUGGAAGGUGAGUUAGUGGCAGCAGUGGCUUUUAUAUUUCAGCCUUGUGUGAGUUUAUGGAAUGUUGCCCGGCAAGUACAUGAAGCACUUCAGCCUGCUGGUAAAAGGAAUGUACCUCCCGUCUCAGCCGAAGACAUAAGUCAGCACAGAAGGCCUUGUGCAAUUUGUUGCAAAAGUUCAGUUCCUUUAUUCCAAAAAGGAAACAACAUCAAAUGUGCAUUUAUUACUGCACCUUGCAAAAAGUCCUUCAAUGCAAGGGCCACUUUGGGCACACUCUUGCUUUGUGUUUGAAGCGGGAAUAGGUAAGAUUAAGAAGCUCAUCACUUCUGCAAAGGGGCUGCCUCAUCAAGUGAUGAGCAGAGUGCUAAUUGCUAACAAAGUUGGUGCAGACAAGGCACCUGCAAGUCGCCAAGUUAAACAUUUUUUGUGCUGCGAUUUGCGCAAGGAAGAGGCAGAAGGCCUUGUGCAAUUUGCUGUAAAAGUUCAGUUCCUUUAUUCCAAAAAGGAAACGACAUCAAAUGUGCAUUUAUUACUGCACCUUGCAAAAAGUGCUUCAAUGCAAGGGCCACUUUGGGCACACUCUUGCUUUGUGUUUGAAGCGGGAAUAGGUAAGAUUAAGAAGCUCAUCACUUCUGCAAAGGGGCUGCCUCAUCAAGUGAUGAGCAGAGUGCUAAUUGCUAACAAAGUUGGUGCAGACAAGGCACCUGCAAGUCGCCAAGUUAAACAUUUUUUGUGCUGCGAUUUGCGCAAGGAAGAGGCAGAAGGCCUUGUGCACUUUGUUGUAAAAGUUCAGUUCCUUUAUUCCAAAAAGGAAACGACAUCAAAUGUGCAUUUAUUACUGCACCUUGCAAAAAGUCCUUCAAUGCAAGGGCCACUUUGGGCACAUUCUUGCUUUGUGUUUGAAGCGGGAAUAGGUAAGAUUAAGAAGCUCAUCACUUCUGCAAAGGGGAUGCCUCAUCAAGCGAUGAGCAGAGUGCUAAUUGCUAACAAAGUUGGUGCAGACAAGGCACCUGCAAGUCGCCAAGUUAAACAUUUUUUGUGCUGCGAUUUGCGCAAGGAAGAGGCAGAAGGCCUUGUGCAAUUUGCUGUAAAAAUUCAGUUCCUUUAUUCCAAAAAGGAAACGACAUCAAAUGUGCAUUUAUUACUGCACCUUGCAAAAAGUGCUUCAAUGCAAGGGCCACUUUGGGCACACUCUUGCUUUGUGUUUGAAGCGGGAAUAGGUAAGAUUAAGAAGCUCAUUACUUCUGCAAAGGGGCUGCCUCAUCAAGUGAUGAGCAGAGUGCUAAUUGCUAACAAAGUUGGUGCAGACAAGGCACCUGCAAGUCACCAAGUUAAACAUUUUUUGUGCUGCGAUUUGCGCAACGAAGACUCGCUAGCACUUUUGGGCAAACCAAGGCCUGUCAGUGCGUCUCUUAGUAGAUUAAUUGAGGCAGACAGAAUUUAGAGGGUUCCUGGAUGCAAAUCUGCACCGUUCCAUCCAUCCACGAACGGGCAGGCUGAAAGGAUGGUACGGACCACCAAAGAGGCAUUAUCUCGGAUAAUCCGAGGAAGCUGGGCACAGCGCCUGGCAGACUUCACUCUACAGCAGCAUGUAACAUCGCACACAGUCACGGGACGCUCCCCGUGCAAGUUACUGAUGGGCCGCCGACUGUCUACCAUGCUGGACCGGCUGCACCCAGACCGGGCCCCUGACAAGUCCUCCCAAUUGGCAGAAGCUCUGCCUACACCCCGCACAUUUCAGCCCGACGACCCUGUAUUUGUACGCAACUACAGCCAGGGCCCACCAUGGGUACCUGCUGUGAUUUCCAGAGCAACUGGCCCAAUCUCUUAUGAGGUUGUUUUUCCGGACAGCCGUGUGUGUCGCCGGCAUGUGGACCAGCUUCGUCGUCAGAGCAGCAGUCACAUGAGGUUAGCCGAAACCGUACCUGAAGCAGGACAGCCUGAGGUCCGGCCUGCAUCAAGCCCUUCACCUGUCGGAGUGAGCUGCAAGCAAGACACCAGAUCCCAGUGAAACUGAGGAGCAACCAAGAGUCAUGCUAACUUCGGACGACACAGCAGCACCUCAGCCAGCACCAACAGAGCAAAGUGAGGAAUUGCCGGGCCCACGCCGUUCGCAGCGUUCCCGUAAGACACCCCAACAUCUUCGGGACUUUCUGAUGGCAUUGGCUGACUGUUGAGUCCGAACUAAGGGGGAAGGAGUGUUGUGUACCGAUUCUGGACAUGAGUUCCACGGAUGACGGAUUGUCGUCAAUCAACCCUGGUGUUUAAGAGCGCCCUCUUCCGGCCCCAAAAGUAUAUAUAUAUAUAUAUAUAUAUGCCAGUUGUAAUCAAGAUCCCUGUUCUGUGUUGUUUCGUGACGGCAAUAAAGGGCUAUUGCCGAUACCGCCUUGUAGCGAUGGUGCCUCGCGAUAGGACUCAUGCAGCAACAUAACAUCCCCCAGCAGAUCAUUGGCCCUGUUGAGGAACAUGACACGAGUUCGCAUCUCUGGGCGCGUGUUCCACAGUGAACAAUAUCAGAGGCCUGACUGAACUGACUGCACAGCUGUAUGUCUGCCAGACAAUAUGCAUGCAAAGAUAAAGCAUAUUGUCUCAGUGAGCUGCAGCAACAGAAAAGAGAAUUUACUUUGUAUCGAAGAGCUAUGUUAGUUCUCUCUGUUUUGGCACAACACACAUUUCAAGUGGUCAAAAGUGGGGGGCAGAGAAGGUCACAGAGGUUGAGAGUAAAGCAGCUACAUGCCUUUGGAUUGAAUGUGAUGGAAGGCAGUUUUUUUUUUUUUUUUGCAACCUCGUCAAUUGGUUUCAGCAAUAAAUUUUAUGCUUAGCUUUUGUUUACAUUUUGCUUUUUAUGUAAUAAUUUUAAAGGCACCUCAGCAGUACUUUUUCUUCUUAACUGUGAACACUAGAGUGAGCGCGAUGCAUUUCCAUAAUUAUAUUCCUGCACAAAUUUUUGAAAGAAACUUACAAAUGAUUUGAUAUAUAGGGAGCGCAGUGUUUACCUUUCUCUUUUCUCAACACAUUUUCAUCAAUUGGGGCAAUGCCCUUAGCAGUGCCCUUUCUUACUUUUCUAUUUUCUUGUGUGACUUAUUGAACCCUUUAAGGUUGGCACUUGACAAAAGUGCUGAAGAGUGACAAAGGAACGGGGACAGGGUGGUUGCGACACGUUAACAACCACCACUCUUCCAUUAGCUAUAGAAAUUGAAGGGGUGUGCACUGAGUAAAUUUUGCUGCAGUUGGAUGUAAAUGCUUAGUCUUAGGUGGUCGACAGUGGUGUUAUUACAGGCCGCGUGUGAGGCUUAGAACCUCUAAUGUCAUGGUUUUCGGGAAAUUAGUAUUAAGCAAAGUUUAAACUAGCUACAACACUACAACAUCAUCAUCAUCAUCAUCAGCCUAUAUUUAUGUCCACUGCAGGACGAAGGCCUCUCCCUGCGAUCUCCAAUUACCCCUGUCUUGCGCUUGCGUAUUCCAACUUGCGCCUGCGAAUUUCCUAA